AUGGAAAACAAGUUAGUAGUAGUUAUAACACAUCCAAAUCGUAGUGAAAUUUUACCGGUGGUACAUGCCAUUCAUCUUAAUUUAACAGUAGCUAAUAGCACUGCACGUAAACUUCCAUCUCAAACGGUUAAUCAUUUUCCAAAAUCAAUUGUUAUUGAUAUUCCAGCUAAUAUCAUGGAAGAAAUUAAUGAUUAUAAAAAUAAACUAAAGAGCCGCGACGAUGAAAAAGUCAUUGAAGGUGAUGAUGAAAAAAUUAUGGAAGAUGAUGAUGAAAAACCUAUGGAAGAUGAUGAUGAAGAAAGUUAUAGUGAAGAUAGUCUAACAAGUAAUGUUCAUUCAUUUAAUGAUCCCAAUAUAUUAUUCAAAGUAUCGGCUACAAUUACAUAUAUGUUCGGUAAAAACGACGUAAAAAAACAAACAGCUAAACGUGCAGCGAUACAAGAAAGCAAUUGGUUUGGUCUACAUAGUAUUACACUUUGUAGUUCAUCCGGAACCCAAUAA